AUGACAAAAUGUCUUUUCAAGGCUUUAAAAGCCGUUGACCUCGAUCAACAUGUUGGAUCAUUUCGUUCACUUGGCUAUGAUUCAGCUGGUGCAUUAGCAAAUUUUCGUGCUGAACACUUUGAAAAAUUGAAUUGUAACGAACAAGAAUUACUUCGACUUAUUGCUUUACUCGAUGUUCUAAAAGACGCAACACGUGAAGGAAAAAUUUGCCCACAUUAUUUUAAUUCAAAUAAAUUAAUUAAGAAACAACAAGCACCAAUAAAAUCAAUACCAAUUCAAGCUAGUUGGGGUGAUGAAACUGUUCAACAAAGAAAUUUUCAAUCAACAAUAAAAAAACAGUCAAAUGUUAAUCCAAAGCAAAAGAGAUCAAUAAGUUCAGUUGGAGUUAGUGGACGUUCGUUGUCCACAUCAAUGGCACCAACAAAACCUAUUAAAAAAUAUUCCGAUGAAGUUAUUUUACAAAGACCAUCAACAGUUCUUAGCCGACAAAAUCAUAGUUUAUUAACAAAAAGUAAUAAUCAACGGUACUCAGGAUCAAAAUCAUUUUUAAAUCGACCAGCAAUUCAACAUGUAAAGGUUAAAUCAUAUAAUUAUGGUAUUCCAAGCAAUAGACGGGCACGAAAUAGUCCAUAUCGUGCUACUCAUCAAUUUACAUCGAAUAGUCAUCAUGGCUCAAUAUUUGCUUCAUCUUCACAUCAUGCAAGUGACACUAUUUCCUAUGCAAAACCUGCUGAAAUCUAUGUUUACGCUCGAAAACGACCAUUAUUAUCUACUGAAUCUAAUUUUCAAGAUGCAAUUACUGUACCAGAUAAUAAACGAAUUAUUAUAGCGGAAAAUAAAGCAAAUCUUGAUUGUACACCAUUACUUAAGAAGACGGAAUUUGAAUUUGAUCAAGUAUUUGGAUCCGAUGCAUCAAAUAAACAUAUAUUUGAAGCGACUGUAUUACCAUUGAUAUCAACAACUCAUCGUCAUAAUUUAACAUAUAUUUGCUUUGGACAAACAGGCUCUGGUAAAAGUCAUACGAUAUUUGGUAGUAGAAAUACUGAUGGUUUAUUAAUUCAUUGUACACAAUUACUUUUACAAGAGACAAAUCUUGACAAUCAACUUGUCUGUUCAUUUUAUGAAAUAUACAAUAAUCAAGUCUACGAUUUAGUUAACGCUGGCAAAAGACUAUUUGUACGUGAAGAUGGUGAUCAUCAUGUUAAUGUUAUCGGUGUAACUGAAGUUGCAUUAAAAAAUUUAGAUGAUCUACGUUGUGUUAUUGAUGAUAGUCUGACUAGAAGACACCAUGGAAAAAGCGCAUUUAAUUCCAAUUCAUCACGGUCUCAUGCAGUUUUUCAAAUAAUAUUAAAAAAUAAUUAUGACUCAUCGGAAAAUUUUCGAAUUAUAUUCAUCGAUUUGGCAGGCAGUGAACGUGCAACAGAUGCUCAAAAUAAUCUAAGGCAAACUCGUCGUGAAGGUGCACAAAUAAAUUGGUCCUUAUUAGCAUUGAAAGAAUGUAUUCGUUCGAUGGAUAUGACACAUUCUCAUGCACCAUUUCGACAAAGUAAAUUAACACAUAUACUACGUGAUUCAUUAACUGGUUCAAAAACACGAACAUGUCUUAUGGCUAAUGUAUCUCCACCUGAUGAUUGCUGUCAAUGUUCAUUAAAUACUCUUCAAUAUGCUUCACGUAUUCUUGAUAUUAGUAGUCGUCAUCGACAUCGAUCCAUGCCAAAUGCAAGCAUGCACAUGAGUUAUUCUGAUGAUACUUCGAAACAACAUGAAGUUAUUCAUGAAAAACCGCAACGAACAUUUAAACCAGCAACAGCAUCAACACCAGUUCAUCGACUUGUUUCAUCAGUGGAUCAAAAUAUUUAUAAGUCAACAAUUCAUACAGAUAUUGAGAGUCGCACAACAAAAUCAAUUGGUAUUGAUUGGCAAGUUGUCGAUGAUGAUAUCACAUUAAGUGGAAGUGAUGAUAAUAUUCCUGUAAAAUUGUUAACAUCAUCAACACGUGAAUUUAUUAUAAAUUCCAAUACGAAUAAUCAUACACAAAACAAUAAACAUAAUUUUAAUCGAUUGCAACAUAAAAAAUUCAACGAUAUUGAUGAAAGUCCAUCAAGUUAUUUUCCACAGCCACAAUCUAAUAUUAAAACAUCUUCGUCAAUUAAAACACAUGAUAUAAUUCAAUCCUAUGAUAGUGCACGUCUUAUGUAUGAUGAUGGUAAUGAAAGACAAUGGAAAACUGUUCCAGCGCCAACAAUGAGUCGCCUGUCGAAUUCAGCUGCUCAAUCUUCAAAUACAAUGAGAAUUGUUCCUGUUGCUCCCAUUGAAUUGUCUGAUGAUAAUCAUCCAUACAAUAAUUCAAUAGGUACCGAAAGUCUUGGAACUAAAAUAACAACAGCAGUGACUCAUAGUCCCCGAUAUCAAAAAUCGACUAGAAACAAUGGAUUAGUUGAAAGUUUAGAUCUAAAUAAAAAAUAUGAUUCAAACGCAAUUAUUACGAAUAUUGAAAGGACACUUCAUUCUGAUCGAUCAACAACACAAAAAGAUCAAAUAGAAUUUCUUAGUAAUCGUGAUGAAUUAUUAUCUAUUGUAUCAAGUCGAUUAACAACUGGUAACCGACGAACAACACCAGUAACAACUCCACAAACAAAGAGACGAAAUUCUCAGAAGGAAUCACUAAAUUCACCAUAUUCAAAUAAAUCUAAAAGUUCAUUUUCAUUAACAACUAAAACUCGUCAGAAACCUCGCCCAAUAAAAUCUGCAUCGUCAACAAGUAGUUUAGUAAAGGCGAAUCAAGAAAAAAAAUCUUCUAUUGAAAAUCAAAAAUCAAAAGUGACAUCAUCGACUAAUUGUCCGAAAUUUCAUCCAACUACUCGAUCAUCCACAAAUCGUCAUCAUCAACAGCAACAACAACAACAACAACGAACAGUACCAUUACGUAUUCAUCAUAGUUCAGAUUCUGAAGAACACGAAAAAAUACGUGAUAGUAUUCAUCGUCGAAAAGCAUAUUCAUCAAAAAAUACAUCACAUUCAACACGUACUGAACCUUGUCAAACAGUAAAUAAUACUCAAAUUAUGAAAAAAGAACAAGAACAAACAGAUAAAUAUAUUUUUCAUGAACAAAAUAAUUUCAAUCAGAUAACUUCAUCGUCACCAUUAUUAUCAGUACCAAAUUCAUCACCGUUCCCAAUACCAUAUUUGUCGCCAACAUACUUACCAAGUAGUUCAUCUCAAGCACCGCUAGAUCAAGCUAAAUUUGUUUUUCAUCGAUCAUUAGAACAACCAAUUUCACCGGUAACAUCAACCAAUAUUAAUACACCAUGGCAAACAUCAGCAUCAUAUGGUUCACCAUCAAAAGAAUUCGGUGUACGAGUAUCGGAUCAAUUAAAUGCAUUACGUUCAUUACUUGAAACUCGUCUCACACAUCACGAUGAAAUUAAAUCAGAGAAAAAAGAUCUAAACCCGGUUGAUUCAUCACCGGGUAUAUUUGCUCGAGAAUUUCUUCAAUCCCUUCGGCAAUCAUCAUUCAAAAAUAAUUCAAGAGAGUUCACUACGAAUUUUCUUGAUGAUGAUCAAGAAGUUGAACGAAAUUUUCAUACAGAUAAUAGUGAAAAAAAUGGAAAACUACAAAAAUAUGAUGGUGAUGCUGUAUCAUCAACAACAACAACAACAACAACAUCGUCAAAUCAACAUGGAUAUUCAUCAAUACAUAGCCAACAUUUUGAACAAAUAGUACAUAGGAGUUUGUCAGCUCUUUCGGAUGAGCUUAAUCAAGCAAAAGUUAAUUUAAGUGUAGUAUCUUCAUCGACAUCAACAAUUAGAUCGAAUCUUGCAGCUAAAAUUGAUACACAAGGCCGAAAUUUAUCCAGUCAAGGUGACGAUAUUCAUUCACAUCAGUUAGCUAAUAGAAAUCAUCAAGCAGUAAAUGAUGCAAAAGGUGCUCGUGAAAAUGCUAGUAAUCCAACAAGUGAUAGUGAACGCACAUCACAAGUAAAUUCAACAUUAGAAAAAAAUCCAUUUGCGGGAACAUCAUCUGGUGGCUCAAGUUCCAAUGAAUCUCGAUCACGUUCGCCUAUUGUCAUUCCACCAUUUAGUACAUAUGAUAUAACUACUAAUACAAAUAAUUAUCAUGAUAAUUUAUUAGAUACUCGUAAAGGUACUUCAUUCAUGGCAGGUUCUUCAUUCGAUGCAUUAUUGAACAGUCUUAAAAAAAUGCGUGAAAAAGAACUCGGAUUCAUUGUUCCUACCGGCGAUGAUAAACUCAUUCCUGUUGCCGAUUAG